AUGUAUUCUGUAUUGUCGCAUCUUGUGGCCCUUGCGGCCAUAUCGCAUGUCACUUUGGCAGUCUCUCUGGAAAGUCGCCAAGCGCAGCAGAAAGUCACCAUCGACCUGACGAAGAGAUACCAGACGAUUGACGGCUUCGGCUUCUCAGGCGCAUUCCAGCGCGCAAAUCUCAUCGUCAAUCUGCAGCAGCCCAAACAGCGCGAGGUUCUCGAUCUACUCUUCAACACGACCACCGGCGCUGGCUUCUCAAUCGUGCGCAACGGUAUUGGCUCGACGCCCAAUAGCAACAGCGAUUUCAUGAACACGAUCCUUCCCAAAUGCCCAAGCACACCAGCGGAAGUCACUACGAACUACAGCGGAUACGUCUGGGAUGCUAAGGAUAGCGGACAGUUGUUCCUCAGCCAGAGAGCACAAGAGUAUGGCGUAAAUACCUUCUACGCGAAUGCAUGGAGUGCGCCUGGAUGCAUGAAGACAAACAACCAAGAAACCAACGGCGGCCAGCUCUGUGGUGUCUCUGGUACCAAUUGCCGCUCUGGAGAUUGGAAACAAGCCUACGCAAACUACCUCGUCGCAUACAUCAACUUCUACGCAUCCGCCGGCGUCAAAGUCACACACCUCGGCUUCCUAAACGAGCCCGACUUAUCCACCUCGUACGCCUCAAUGCAAUCAUCCGGCACCCGAGCCGCCGAGUUCAUCAAAGUUCUCCGCCCCACACUCGACCGUGCGAACCUGACUUCCGUCGGCAUAAACUGCUGCGAAGCAACAGGUUGGAACGUCGCAACCCAACACGCGCAGCAGAUCGCCUCUGCCGGCGCCGAAAGCCUCGUCUACGCCAUCACCUCACACGAGUACACUUCGCGCAUCAGCGGCACCAUGCGCACCGCCGCUCGCGUCUGGCAGACCGAGUACUCAGACUUGAGCGGCGGGUGGAGCACAGCCUGGUAUUCCAACGGCGGUGCCGGCGAUGGCUUCACCUGGGCGAACACCGUCUUCAACGGUGUCGUAAACUCCAAUCUGUCUGCGUACAUCUUCUGGGAAGGCGUCCAGGACCGCGCUACGAAUAAUAAUAACAACGAGAAGCUCAUUCUUGUUGAUGGCCAGAACUACCAGGUUAGCAAGCGGCUUUGGGCUUUCGCGCAGUUUCGCGUCGUUAGGCCGGGUGCUGUGAGGGUGGGGGCGAGUGGUGGGGCGAAUGUCAAGGCUGGUGCUUUUGUUAAUAAGGAUGGGAGUGUGGCGGUUGUGGUUAUUAAUUCUGCGGCGGGUGCGCAGAGUGUGAGUGUUGCGCUGACUGGGUAUCCGGAUGUGAGGGCGUGGUACACCGAUAAUACUCACGAUAUGAGUGCCGCGAUGGUGACGGUGGGGAGUGAUGGGACUGCGAGCGCAAGUGUGCCUGGUAGAGCGAUGAUCAGUUUUCUGUUCAAAAAGGCUGCGAAUGCGACGAUGUCGUAG